UCCUUUAACUGUAAUAUUUCACCUCGAUUUUAAUCUAUGUUAGUCACAAUAAUCUAUGGUACUUUUUAAAAAUGGCGAGCAGUCUUUGGAAUAGGUUAUCUCAAGCAUUUAAAACGUUUGAUCAAGCAAUUGAUAUUAUUUUUGGCCGCGGCCUUCCGCCAGGAACCCUGUAUGCAUUUGAAUGUAAUCAUGCUAUAAAGCAAGUACAACCUACUAACCUUCCUGGACAAUCAUUAAAGGAUAUUUUGAAUGAUGCAUUUCUAUGGGCUGUCCCAACUAAACGACGGACUUUACAAAAGAGGCUUUGCAGAAGAUAUGGUAUUCCUGGAUUAGUUUGGAAGCCACAUGUUCCUAAAACUAUUUUAACUUGCAAUAAAUGUGGUCAUCAUCAUGACGUUGGUCUGCUGUGUGGAUAUUGCUAUGAGAUAGUAAAAAAAGAAACAAAGGAAAUGCAAAAAGCUAUACAAGAUGCAUUAGGAUUGGAACCGGUAGAAAAAGAUGUUAUAGUGCUAUAUGAAGGAGAAAAAGAAAAAUUGUCAGAUGAAUUUUGGCAGAAACAAAGAAUUGUUGAAUUACCUAAAAAGAGGCCUGAAUGGUUUAGCCAGAAUCUAUUACAGCCGUUGUCAGAAGAAUCAUCAGAAACGGUAGACGAAAAAUCCGAAAAUCAAUUUUUGGAAAACAUAAAGAACAACUGAAAUAUUAUUAUAGUAUAUUUAUAAGAUACUUUGUUUAUAUCAAAUAGAUUUAAGGAAACCAAAUAAAUGAAAAAAUAUUGAA